AUGUCAACCAUCCAGCAGCGCAAGAAUGAGAUUUUGGCGAAAAGGGCGAAGCUAGCAGAGCUCAAAAAGCAGCGAGAGUUGCGUCAAAAGGAGUUCUCGACUAAUCGAAAUAGUAUUGGGGAUGCUUCAGAGAUUGCUUCUCCUGUUCCCAGUCGUACCGACAGCCGAGCAGAACUCGAUGAUCUCAUUUCACGCCUAGUCGACCGUCCUGGUUCAGCUUCACUCAGCCAUGGUGCGGAAGGUCCAUCACGGAAGGGAAGCCGACCCAACUCUGUCCUGAGUGCCAGUCAACUCAGUGGUGAGAAUGUGGAAACACAGUCGUCAGCAGCUCGUCCGCUAUUACAGUCCGUUGCCGUCCAGACUAUCGGUGAAGAGCAGGCCUAUACGCAUUCCGCAUCAGAGAUCCAGACUACACCUGCCCCUGAGCCGAAGCCAGAGGUCGUCACAUACAGCAAGGCCAUUCAGACAGAUGAUCUCGAAUCGCCAGCUCGGUCGGAAGCCGGCUCAGAUGUUUCAGAUGAUGAGAAAGACGCUGGCGUCUCAAGAUCAAGCAAGCGUCUCAGUGGGCGGGGCCGGGAGCGCGAUGAGGAACUACGACAGAAGAUUCGAAAAGAAAUCGAGGAAGAGGUACAGAUGGCCAAGCAAGGCGCCGAUCAUCACGGACCGACACAUGCUUCGCAUGUCCGAUACCCAAUGCGCAUGCUCGACGAUGACGAAUUGAAAGCGGUCACUUCAUCCAACGACUUCUUGGAUUUCGUGGAGCGGUCAUCGAAGGUGAUUGAGCGGGCAUUGGACGAAGAGUAUGAUGUUCUUGCCGACUAUGAGCUCGGUAUUAACGGGGAUGUGGAAGAGGAUGAAGAAACCGGGAAAAAGAGAAGGGGAAUCCGGGAAGUCUGCCAGUUCUGGGAUGAGCGAUGGAGCAAAAAGCGCAUGAUAACCGACCUAAGUUUCUCUCCAAAGUUCCCUGAGCUUGUUCUCGCAUCAUACACCAAAAAUCCAUCGGCUCCUCACGAGCCAGAUGGACUGGUCCAAGUCUGGAAUCAACAUUUGCACUCUCGACCCGAAUAUGUUUUCCACUCAACGUCCGACAUUCUCACCGCAAAGUUCUCACCCUUCCACCCUAAUCUGAUUGUCGGAGGUUCAUACUCAGGCCAGGUGCUCCUGUGGGAUACUCGAUCGUCUCGAGCUGGCGGUGGCGCCCCGGUACAAAAGACGCCACUGACUGGCUCUGGACACACUCAUCCCGUUUACAGUAUCUCGAUUAUCGGCACCCAAAACGCACACAAUAUUCUGACGGUCUCCACCGACGGAGUCGUCUGUGGUUGGACGGUCGAUAUGCUUUCCCAGCCACAAGAAUACCUUGAAUUGACGACACCUCCACCUUCCAAAACCGAGGAUCUCGCCCCGACAACUAUGUCAUUCCCACAAUCGGACCCUACUUUCUUCAUCGUAGGCACGGAAGAGGGUGGCAUUUAUCCUUGCCAUCGCUACGAUCGAGCCGGAGCCAAGGCGGGAACGGAUCACCGUCUCGCAUACCGUGGACAUGCCGCUCCGAUCAUGUCUACCGCAUUCCACCCCGCGCGUGGUCCAGUUGACCUGGGAGACCUCAUGCUCAGCUCAAGUCUCGAUUGGAGUGUAAAGUUGUGGCGCGUGCGGCCACCUGCGACGACCGCGGCUCUGACCUCGGGCAUGGCCCCGGCCCAAGUUGUCUCGCCUAUCCUAGAUAUCGUCCGAGACGACGUCGUCUACGAUGCCCGGUGGUCCCCUCACCGACCUGGAGUGUUCUCACUCGUUGACGGUGCUGGCAACGUCGAGAUCUGGGAUCUAUACACGGACACCGAGGUCCCCGUUGUGCGCACAUCGCCGUCUCGUGGUCCGGGGGCAGUCCCAUCGCGCAGUCUCAACAAAGUGGCCUGGGAAGAGCGCGAAGGUCGCCGUCUAGCAACCGGUGGUCUCAACGGCGUCGUCACCCUCUUCGAAGUAGGCAAGGGACUGGGUGGACCAUCCGAGGAAGUUCCUGCCGAGGAAUGGGCUGGUAUGAAGCGAUUGGUUGGCAAAUUGGAGCAGAAGGAUCGCGCCACCUGA